UUUUCUCGGGUAAUCAUCAAAUCGAUCGCCGAAAAAUACUUUAAGAAUAAGUAAAAAUGCCCGACGUAAUCAUAGAUAGCAUACUUACUGGAAAAUUGGAUUCACAGCUGGUGAUUCGGUGGCUAAACAAUGAAUCACUGAAGGAUGUGCCUGAAGACUGUGUGUUACUGUGCAACAGUAGGAGCGAAUUCGUGGCUUGUUUUCUUUCCUAUAUACGGAUUCAAACUGACAGCAUAUUGCAAACAAAUAACAGUGCCUUGCAAAUACGUCAGCGCACGCCAGAUAAGGUGUUUAGCUCAAGACGAAAGCAUCGAAGGUCGAUAAGCGAUCCAACAAGUGAUGAUAGGACAGAUUCACUGAGUGUAAAACCAGAUCGUCGUAGUCAUGAAUCUCCAAGUAAAGAUCGUAAACGAGGCCGAAAAGUCAAGACUAAACUGUUUAAUGAAGAUCGUAAGGAAGCAUCAGUAUCUUCAGAUGAAUCCAGGUUGAGUUCAGGCAUUGAACGAAUGGUAGUGUCAAGUACACCUAUGAAGAAUGGUUUAAGGCUGUCCGAAUCCCCUGUGACCACUGCAAGCCCGGUGACCCCACAGCGGUUUACUUAUGACCGUUGUGAUACUCCUCGCUUAGCCCAUAGGAAGGAUAAGUCUGUAAGCCUAGGAGAUUUUAUUACGUCUGCUCAAAAAACUAAGAAACGUAAAAGCAGAAAUGCAUCUGAAGAGAAUGAGAGUAAGGUAGACUUAGAUAUUAGUAACACUGAAGUGUUUCCAGAGAUAUCUAGAAAAGCUAGCUCACUACGAUCUGAGAAACGGAGGAUAAAACCUACAAAUCUAGAUGGAUCUAUGUCUCAGAAAAGUUUCUCAUUAAAUAGUUUUAAUUCUGAGUGCUUUCAGCAGCCAUCACCACUAGCAUUGGAAGAAAAUAAUGUAUUUAAAAACCAGAAGCUACAACCUAAAGAAUUAGCAAAUUCAUUUGAAGCAGAACGCAAUAUCUUAAAGCUGGAGCGACAAAAAUUGAUGGAGAAAUUUAAUUUAAACACAUCAACUACAUCAAUCCCUGUAACACCACAAAUUAAAAUAAUCCAAAAAGACUGUAUCGAACAAACACCGAAUUACAUCAAUGCUGAAUCAUCCAAGGUUGUUUUUAAGGAGAAAAUCGACUUAUUGAUCGAAUUAUAUGAUGUUCUAUUACAAAAUAACUUAGUUUUAAGUAUGAAUUCGGAAAUCUAUUUCCUGAUAUCAAUUUUACUGUCAAAACAAAUUGAGGAAGAUUAUUUGGAGAUUGAAACAAAAUUGACAGAGAAAAACGUAACUAAUUAUUUGCUAAAAUCUAUACAUAAUUGCACAUAUUUUGCAAUAAAAUCCCUUUGGAAUUUACGGUCAAUACUUGAAGUUAUUCUUGACAAGAAUUCAUUGAAAAUACUUGGUGAGAACAAGAAAGUUCGCAGUUAUUCUGCAGACUUGGCUAAGUUUCUCCUCAACUGUUACGGAUUGAAGUGUGAAGCAGAGAGUCAGGAGAAACCACGAGCCAUCGACAAGAGAACAUCUAAUGGGAUUGUGUGCUUUAAUUUAGAGACAGAUAAUGCGGAGAACUUUCCGUCUUUGCUCAGCUUUCAGAAUUUUAAGAAGCAAAGGGAUAUGUUCUAUGAGAUAUUGAGAUGGUACACCGAGAGCUCCGCAACAGGCGUCCCGCGCUCCACGCUGCGCGCCCGCGUGAAGACAUUAGUGGGCGCCGGACACUCUCCUGCUAACCACCACCAUCUUGCUGCUCUCCUGGUCGCACAUAUGUUGGCAGAAUGUCUUCACACUGAACAGGAAUCGAAGCUGAGCAAGCUGCAACGCCGUCUGACCUGCCCUGCUGGUGACUCUCGGCUACCACACUUUACGGAGAAAGAGACCUUCUACAAGGACCUUCUCGUGAACGCGGGCAGUGAGUCGUUCCGCGCUCACGUGAGAGACGCGCUAGCGUCCGAACUUAUUGCUCUUGACAGUACGCCUUUACAGAAUGCCAAUAGCAGCGACAUAUCCCGAGAGUUCCUCCAGCUCCAACGAAAGCUAGGUCUCCUGGCCAAGUUCCUAGGUUUCCUGGCGUCGCUGCCGUACAUAACCCUGCCAGGGGACUGCAAGUCCGUCAGUCAGGUCACGGCGGGCGAGCCGAGGGACAGGGUGCUACAGAGCAGCUUGAAAACUAGGAGUUAUAGCCAACCGGCGCUGGACCUCCAAGGCCUCCUCGACGCCGCCGUGGCCGCCGGCCGCACCACGGUCACGGUGCCGUGGCUCGCGCACUACCUGUCCACGCUGGACCCCGCGGCCGCGCGCCUCCCCUACUACCGGCGCCUGCUGGCCGGCGUGGCGGCCGUGCGGCGCCCUCCCGCGCGGCGCCCGGCGCUGCUGCUGGACGCGGCCCGGGGCUGGCUCUUCGACCUCCCCCACAUACCCCAGGACAUCUACGACGUACCCCCCACCACGGAACCCCCCACCACCGCCGACAGCGUCGACAGCCUCGACCUAAUAACCGACGCCAUGCUGUUCGAGCUCUGUCCUUACCUUCGGGAAGUCAAUGUACUGUUGUCGACGUGUAAGGUCGACAGAAAAGAGACCUAUCGACACAUCACGCCGGUCAGCUUGAGUGUGAACAGCGAGGAUCGUGUGAGGAGUAAGGAAAAGGAGCUGCAGAUGCGUCUAGAAGAAGAGCUCAUCAAAUCCCAACCAUCAUCGACCCGUCGAGUCUUAGAACUGACCAUAGAACGAGUGACAGCCGCCUGCGUACGGGAUUUGACAGCUUCUGUCAAUGCGGCGAGGACUACGGCGAGGGACAGUGCCAGGAAGGCUGUGGCGGAGCGGGGCGAAGAUUUGCAAGCUCUCCUCAAAACCCUACAAGCCAUCUACACCUCCCACCUAACCCAACUACGAGAGUCAGCUCAAAACAUCGACACACUGUCCAGAGUCAGCGGAGCCCUAACGUCGCUCCUGCCGCUUGCGCCCCGAGCGCUGCAUCACGCGGCCGCCAGGGCCAGCAAGGCGGCCGUGCUGCGCUGGGCGAGGGACCAUUGGACUAGCACAGCCGUCUUAUGCAAAGACAUAGAAGCGGAAAUGCACAACCUCAUAACUCUCGGCGAUGCAGUAAGGCCGGAGCAAAAAACGGAAGCGAAGCCAAGCGAAGCGCUCGAGAAUUUCACCACGGCUGUCAGCGUGGCUUCCGCUAUUAUUCAUCUUAAGGAGCAAGUAUGCCUUCUGUUGGACUACGAGGAGCCCACGGGCUUGAGCGCGGCGCUCGCGACAUGCUCGCUAGCAUGCUCGCCGACCAACUUGUUCGGGCGCGGCGCGAGGGCUAUACUGCAGCUCAGUGUGGACGCGUGCGUUGUGUACGUGAGCCGCAAACCGAAAGACGUAAACGAAACGUUCCUGAACCAACUGCACGCGAUCUGGAACGUGUGCUGCCCCGACAGGAACAAGAACGAGCCGCGAGAACUCGAUCUGCCGGAGAGACGGGACCUGUCGCCCGAACUGAGGAAUUUCGAAGAUGACCGAGCUCCCACACCCAUCACAAGUGACGAAGAAGACGCACCAAACACUAAAGCCAAUCGCAACGUCAAAAACCUCAUAAUCUCUAACACCAACAGCAUAAGCGUCAAGAUCCCGAGCCCGACUCUCAGCCCGAUCAGCCCUAUGAGUCUCAAGAGUCCGCUAAGUCCGAACUUGAAAAGUCCAACUAGCCCGAACUUAAAGAGUCCAAACUCAUUAAAAAGUCCAAAAAGUCCAAACGUCCGGAGUCCAAGAGCUUUAAGUCCAAAGCCAAAAGCAAAUUCGAGUGUGAAAUCAAUAAAUAAUAGCUCUAUUUGGAGUGUGGUUGAGACAGAAAAUACAGAAAUGUUGGAGUUUUUUGAUAGAAUAUUGUGUCCGAGGAACAUAGUGUUGUUAAAUACGUCGAAGUGUAAGAGUACUGAGGUUUGGGAAGCGCUGGCGACUGUGCUGGUGUUUUUGUUGAAGUUUGACUAUCUCAGUGAGGAUUCGCUUACGGAGCAAUGCUUGGCUGUUUACAGGCAGGAUUGGCCUCAGAGCGUCCUGGAGAGCCUCUCAACCUGUAUGAAAUCGGUAUCGGCUCGAUGGACCCGCUCCAGCGGCAAGUUCACAUUGUUCCUGGACUUCUUGGCUGAAUACUGCGGGGAUUUAGAGCUGGACCCCAUCGAGUAAGGGUUGCGAAGAUAAGUUUCGAGAUAUUAAAUAAGGGAUUUAGCAUUUCUCUCGAAAAUUACUCUACAUGUUACAGUUUCAGCCAAAGCGAGCUGCUCUUAAUAAACCUCGUAAAAAUAGGUUUAAGAUGCGGUGAGUUCAGGGAGCAGUUUUUGAAAAAUCGUAGCGUUUUUUAGAUCACAAUAAGGUUGCCAUGACAUAUGAAUGGCAAUUUUGAGGCCUCUCUCCAGUAACUUUGGUAUAAAACGCACCAUUUAAAUUUUGUUAAAAUUUUUGCAACAAUGCUAAAAUAUGAAAACUGCUUCUAAAAAUGCGCAAUUUUAUUUUGGAUCGAACUCAACGAUUACCUUUUUGUAAUUACUUAAAAAUAAUGAUAUCCGCGGUCAGGGCACGCACGGCUGUCCGCUCAGUGCUUGGCGAGCUGCGACUUGAACUCACGGCGCCUUAAGUUAUAUAUCGAGACUAGAUUUGAUUUGUAAAGUCUCAUGAAAAGAUAGAAAAGAAACAUAGUGAAACUAUUACGCGUACCUUUCACCAAAUAUGAUUUUAGCCAUUAUAAUUAAAUUUAUAAAACCAAAAUGGAAUUGUAAUUCUGAGCUGGAAAUGAUAAGGUAAAUGAAAUAAACACUAAUUUAGAUCUUGAAAUUAGAUUAACUUUAAAUUAUUGAAGUAAUUAAGUAACAAAAAAUCCUUCCCUAAAAUAUUUGACAAACAUGAAUCAAAUCAAUACCUACAUCAAAUUAUCGAUAUAGAUAUGUCCUAACGAUUCUAGAUUUUCUUUAAAUAAUUUAUCUUAUUUAAGAUUCUAUAUCACUCAGUCACUGUAUAUGUGUGUCAAUUACUUUUUGCUAUAAUUCUCGCGCGUAACCCAGGAGACAAGUGAUUCCAUUUAUGUAAAAAUAAAUAAUAGUAGUAAAA